UCACUUCGAUGUUGACUGUGACCUCAUGCGAACCAUCCUACAGCCAGUCCCAGGAACGCAGAGCUAAAUCAUCACGGAGGCUAGAUCACCACGGUUAGAAGUGGCAAGCCGCCGGCCGCCUGAGCAUCAGCGUCACAUCCUGCGUAAUGGGUCUUCGAACCACCUCUAGUACAAAUAGCGGACGAACGCGACUGUCGAAAACACCUCUCUCUCAUCAAAAAUCACUACCACGAGCAUGACAUCUACACCAAACGCGCGCGUCCUCUUCAAUAGCAUCCCAAAAGACUACCCGGUCCCCGGAGAGACGACUGUCUACGAUGCAUCCGAGACGAUCGAUCCCGAGAACGUGGACCUCAAGGGCGGAUUCCUGUUCAAGCUGCUGGUGCUGUCGGUCGAUCCGUAUAUGCGGGGACGCAUGCGGGAGCCGGAUGUCGAGUCGUACGCCCCCCCAUUCCAUAUCGGUCAACCACUGGACGGAUACGGAAUUGGGAUCGUCGCGCGCUCUGAGAACUCGGAAGUCCCCAAAGAUCGAUAUGUCUACGGACAAGUCCCGUACCGACAAUACACGGUUUUCCCGAAGCUCAACAGCGAGCAGAUGUGGAUCCUGGAGACACAUCCGGAAGUCCCGCUCACGGCGUAUCUGGGGCCCGCCGGCAUGCCUGGACAAACUGCGUUCUGCGGCUGGAAAGAGUUCUCCCAGGCCCAGGCCGGCCAAGUGGCGUUUAUCACGACCGGCGCAGGCGCAGUCGGUUCCGUCGUCGUGCAGCUAGCAAAACACGACGGGCUGCGCGUCAUCGCAUCGGCCGGGUCGGACGAGAAAGUCGAGUUCCUGCGGUCGCUCGGCGCCGAUGUCGCGUUCAACUACAAGACAACUGAUACCCGCGAGGUUUUGAAGCAGCACGGGCCGAUCGAUGUCUACUGGGAUAACGUCGGCGGGGAAACGACAGACGCGGCCCUCGAGCACACCAAGAACGACGCGCGGCUCAUCGUCUGCGGUGCCAUCACGGGCUACAACGGCGCGCCGCAGCCCAUCACGAAAUGGGACCAGAUCUUCGCGCGGACCCUGCACAUCCACGGCCUGCUCGUCUUCGCGCUCCUCCCGAAAUACGUCGCGCAGUUCUACGAGACGGUCCCGCCGCUGAUCGCGCAGGGGAAGAUCAAGUAUCGCGAAGACGUUACGAAGAGUUUGGACAAGGUUGGGGAGGUGAUCCUCGCGGUGCAGAAGGGAGGGAAUACGGGCAAGGCGGUGGUGGUCGUGGCGGAGGAGUGAGCAACCCUUGAGGCCAACUGGGGUGAUUAUUAUGAGCAUCAAGUCUAAAAUAUGGUAGCCGCCGAGGGAUAUGUACAGUAAAUGUAAUUGGCUGACUCGAAUGUCAACAGUUG